AUGGGACGAGGCCGGGGGUUUAGGAAGAAGGCAGAAUGUGCAAAAAAAGAAAUGAAUCUCGUCCAGCGACAGCCGCCGCCAUCCGGCACAGCAGCAGGGCACAUGAUGUAUCCCCCAGACUGGCAGGUGGGACGGCAGGACCCAGUUUAGCUCACCAAGAAGUUCAACUUGCCGACGCUGAACCUUCAGCAGCCAGGAGGAAGCAGGGGCCCACGGAAGGCAAAGCAGCCCAGGGCCUGGCUCCUGUCCUCCCUCUGGCCAGGAGCUCCAACCCGGGGUACGUUCUCCCUGCUCAGUGAGAUGCCUCCUCCUCCUGCCAGACAUCCCACAUCAGCAGAAGCAAAUCCUGUGCGGGACAAGAACACAGGGACCUCCCAGAGGCACACGCACCUCCCGUCUGCAGCCCAGCAUCAGGAGAGGCACAAAUUCUGCCCCAAAUUCCCAAGGAUAAUGAUGGGACUCCGAUCAGAGGCCAAGGCCAUGAAGUCCGGUCUGCCUCUUCCGGGGCCCGAGAGCGGCCUGUACAGCCAGUACGAGCAGAAGGUGAGCCCCCGCACUGACCUCAUCGGCUCCCUGCGGACCCUGGGUGCGGAGCGGGACCUGGCCCCGGCCACCAUCGCUGUCAUCGGGGACCAGAGCUGGGGCAGGAGCUCUGCGGGACGCUCUGUCGGGGUCGCCCUGCCCAGAGGCAGUGGUAGGCAGAGCUGGGCCGGCUCUGCUCUUCCCGCGGGCCGCAAAGCAUCCCCGGGGGUACCAGGCGUUUCAGACAUUGGCCCCGGGAGGCUUGGGUCUACGGGCAUGGCCUGGGCUGCCCCCGGGUCUCUGACCCCCUUUCGCAUCCUUAGCCGUCGCUGGGCCUGUGUCCGUCGGGGCCCGGAACCUGACGGCCCAGCCCUGACUCCAGACCUUGUCCAGUGGUCUGUGGCAGGCAUGUCUUUGAUGACACCGAGCUUGCUUUCGGAAGCCCAGAACACCAUAGCUGGCCUUGGAGUUAGCAUCAGCCAUGAGCUCAUCAGGCUGGAGAUCAUCCCUGAGGUUCUGGAUCUGACCCUCAUUGAUCUUCCCAGCAUCACCAGUGUGGCCGUGGGAAACCAGCCCCAGGACAUCAGACUGCAGGCAAGGCUUCUGGUGCACUCAUACAUCCAGGGGCAACAGACCAUCAACUUGGUGGUGGUCCCCUGUAACGUGGACAUUGCCAGCACAGAGGCACUGAGCGUGGCUCGGGAGGUGGACCCCGAUGGAGACAGGGCCAGAGGUAAGAAGAAAGAACCUAGCUUCCAGAAGACGGGCACUGAAAAAGUUGUCGUGAGUGUGGUGUGGAAUAUCACGUCCCGUCUUGAGAAGGGUUACGGGAUAGCGACGUGUGAGCCGGCAGGAGAUCAGAUCACGAACAAGCUGACGUUGGUGGAGGCAACAAAGGAAGAAAUGUUCUUCCAGACACAUCGGUAUUUCAGAAAUUCCGGACCCCCUCGAAUGCUGUCACAGGGGAUUCGGCCCACGUAUCGAAGAAAUCUGUCAGCCAAUUCCAUCAAGCUGCGGAGUGUCAUCGUUCGCUAUUGUUUUGUUCAGAAAUCACUCCCGUCGUUAGAAAAGCAAAUAAGGGAGAGCCACCGGAGGGCGACAGAGAGGCCGCACCUGUGUGGAGGCAUCCCCAGCAAUGAAGCGGAUAAAAUGUUCUUUCUGAUCCAGAAAAUUAAGGUGUUUAAUCAGGACCUCGGAAAGUUAGGAGAAGAAGUCAUAAGGCAGAACAAGACCUGCUUAUACAACAAAAUCAGGGAGGAGUUUAAAAACUGGGUUCUCACACUUACAGCCAAUACCCCAAACGGCAAGUCCUGCACGACCGACCGAAAAGAAACAAGGGCGAGAAAAGAAGGAACAUGUUUCUCUUUCUUAUCCAACCAGGACAAAGUUGAAGACAUGAAAACGAAACAAGCAGAGGCAGCAGAAAAUCGGGUCCGACUUCAGUUUGGAAUAUGGAACAGCUGGUUUUGUCAAGACCAGAUUUACCGUGUGGUUCUGAACAGAGUCCGGGAAGAGUGCCAGAGGGAAUGCCUGAUCCUAGAGUUCGGGGCAGCACAGAGAGCGCCUUGCCGUGGUUGGAUGCUGACCACUGGAGUGGGGUGGACGGGGCCACCGGGACCUCUCGAGGCAGCUAUCCGCUCAUCCGAGAAUCCCAAGGCUUCCCUGCAAGCACAGGCCGAGACCCCUCCGGCUGACCCUUCUUCCUCCCUCUUCCAGGAAACCAGCAAACGUCUGGCCAAGCAGAUCCCAUUCGUAAUUCAAUAUUUCAUGCUGCAGCAAACGGGCACUCGCUUACAGAAAGCCACAAUGCAGAUACUACAGGAGACAGACCACUAUUCCCGGCUGCUUCAGGAACCCAGCGAUGCCUCCACCGAGAGGAGAUUCCUUAAGGAGAAAACUGACCGGCUCACGCUCUCCGGAAAUCAUCCAGUUAAAGGGCGCGGAUGCACAAAAGGGCAGCAAUGCUUUGGGGUGUUUCCCGCCGUGCAUUCACCGUGAGAUGGCCCACGAAGUGGCUCCGCAUCUGGGACCGCACUCUGUCGCCUUCCCUGUCCACCUUCGCUGGAUUGCACGCGGCACCAGAGUUUGGGUCUGACAGGCACUCACGCCCGGGGCGGUCCCCUCUGCCGGGAGAGAUGGCUCUCCGGGCCUUGGGCCCCACAGCUCCCCAGUUACGGGGUUCUCAAAUACUGCUCUCUUUCUUUGUUAAUUCAUCUUCCCCACCAUCAGAUUAUAAGACCCCAGAGUGGGGAGGUCCGUAUCAUAUUCUUCUUUGGUAUUUCCGGGAUCUUACAUGGCACCUGUUACCUAGUAGCUGCUUAACGAAUGACAUCUUAGUGAACAAAUGCAUGAUGAGGGCGACCGGCUGCUAUGGCUUAGCUCCAGACUUUGGUCGUUUGAGACGGUGUCCCUGAGCUGGUCACUCUCAGAGGAAUCUGGCUGUGCCACCUGCUCCCCACUGUUGACCACGGUCGUGUUUACAACCCCCAGGAGAAAUGAGCCGGCGUGAUACUGAUUGUCAUCUGUCCUGUUUCUCUGGCUGCGAUGAGCUUCCAUUGCUAUGUGAAGCCCUGAAGAGAAGUUUGAUAAGGAAAAAAAAAUAUUUUUUUUAAUAUUUACUUAUUUUUGAGAGAGACAGAGGGUGAGCAGGGGAGGGGCAGAGAGAGAGGGAGACACGGA